AUGCAAUUCAAGAACAUCGCCGCUGCCGCUGCCAUUGCCGCCUCUGCCUCUGCCGAAUACGUUGUCGGUGACGCUUGGAACACUUUAACUCCAACUGGUACUUACUCUUGUGGUUACAGUGCUUACUCUAGCGCUUUCGGUAUUGCUGUUGAACCAAUUACCACCGACUCUGUUGCUAAGAGAGAUGCUAUCUCUCAAAUCGGUGAUGGUCAAAUCCAAGCUGCCACCACUGAAGCUCCAGCUACUCCAGUCACCACUACUUUAGCUCCAACUUCUACUGAAGCUGCUACCUCUACUUCCGCUUCCGCUUCUACUUGUCCAUCUGCUGAAUUAGUUUUGAAGGAAACUUCUUGUAAGAACGACGGUACUUUAACCAUCACUUUGAAGGACGGUGUCUUGACCGAUGGUAAGGGUAGAAUCGGUUCUAUUGUUUCCAACAGACAAUUCCAAUUCGAUGGUCCACCACCACAAGCUGGUGCCAUCUAUGCUGGUGGUUGGUCCAUUACCCCAGAAGGUAACUUGGCUAUUGGUUCUCAAGAUGUCUUCUACCAAUGUUUGUCCGGUAACUUCUACAACUUGUACGAUCAAUCUAUUGCUCCACAAUGUUCUCCAAUUCACUUGGCUGUUGUUGACUUAGUUACCUGUUAA